AGCAAAACGCCGGGCACCCCAUCUUCUCAACCCUCAUCACCGCCCGCCUUCAUCAAAGUCAGUCAACCGUACAACAGCGCAACAACAAUCGUUCGAACGUAACAGCAACAGAAACAACAACAACAACAGCGCAAUAACAACAAGCAACAAGCAACGAGCAACCAACAACGACAACGACAACGACAGCGACAACGACAACGACAACAACAACAGCAACAACAAAAAUAACAGCGGAACAACAGCAAUCAUCAUGUCUUCAUCUGUUUGGAUUCGGCUCUACUACCGGUACAACGGAAAGGAUGAACCAGAGGCGCAACCUGUGGAAAUCGAUCCGAUCCCCAAGAAUAUUGCUGCCUUGGCAGAGGCUGUUAAGGCCAAAAUGGCGGAGGAACUCACGCACUGUUCUGCUGCUAAGCUUGUUGUCUACAAGUCAGGAACCACACCCUCUCAGGACUCGGCUUUGAAUGUAUGGGAUCCCGUACCCUCCAAUUCUUCGGGGCCGCAGCCUUUGAUUGUGGUGGCACCCGGUCCGAAGCAAGCAGAUGACCACACUGAUGCUCUUGCCCGAAUUGAGAGGAAAUUGGAUGACAUGGCAACUGUUGACGUGCCCAUGUCAGAAGCAACAUCGCGUUUUGCAUCAUCAUUGCUUGAAGAUCUGAAGGUGAAAAUUACUGUCCUCUCUCCAAACACAAAUCCUGGGGAAGGGAAGGUGCGAACGUAUCCUUGGGGGGAGAAUGAGCAUGAGACAGAGGGACAACCAGGCUGCAAGCAAAUCCUAGAGGAAGAGAUACUGCCGCUGUUUGUGAAUGGCCAGAAGUAUGCCUUGUAUGAUGUGCGCAGUCAGUUGCUUAGACUGAAGGCAGGGAAGCGGAAGUCGAAUGGAUUUUCUGAUCUUGCUGUUGGUCCCCAGACAUCGAUGAGCUUUGCAGAGACUUCGGCCAAGGAUCUAAUGCUUUCCUAUACAGAUGCACUUGUGGAGCUCAAACGGGCAAAAUCAGACCUUAAGCCAGGGCCGCUGCUCCUGCGAUUGGUCUCUCUCUCUGAAGUCUCUGAGAACGGUCAAGGUGUUGUUGUGUUGGGCACCGACUGUGCAACAAAGUGGCGAUUGCUGCAUUUUUCAGACUACAACAGGAUCAUGGUGCAGCCCUACACAGACGGGAAAAAAUGCAUUGCUGAUUUCAAGACCCUAAUGGAGAAAUGUACGAUGAGAAAGGGAGCUAAUGUGCCCCCUGAAAAAUCGGCUACCAUCCAUGAAGACACUGGUGUGGAAAAUGAAAUUGAAAUGGCAGAGUUCGGGAUCAAAGAAACUGCCAAAGACGGUGCAAUCGCUCGGGAAACAAAGCUUAGAAAGUUUGCCAGUGCCUUGGAAUAUUGUUAUGGUGAAACAUUAGAAGUUCCUGCUUGGGCGAAAGCAUCAGAAAGCUGCCGCUCAUACUUCGUGUGAAGCAGGUGUGGGAUUUUGAAGAAGAUUAUGUCAUCCAAGGGAUUAAUUAAAAGGUCGAAUCAAUACAUCUUCGCGAAGCCUUGCGUGGUGCAGCAUCAAUCUUGUUGAAUAAAACUAAGCUUGUGUAUCUCAAGUCAUGGUUGUGGUCUCUUACACACUCUCUCUAGAUGCAUCCAAACCUCGUC